AUGCAUCGUGCAAGGAUUGUUCUUCAGGCUUCAAAAAAAAUUGGCAAUAGUGAAAGAUUUGCAUCAUGGCUUUUAAACAAACCACAGACUGCUGCUGUAACCGUAAAUGCCCAAAGGCUGAAGAGUUCAACAGCGGCAGAACCCUUCCUAAAUGGCUCUAGCUCUGCGUAUGUUGAGACAAUGUAUAAUGCCUGGCUGUCAGACCCCAAUUCUGUACAUGCUUCUUGGGACGCGUUCUUCCGCAAUGCGACUAAUGGCGCGCAGCCCGGCGUUGCCUAUACUCCGCCGCCGAAUUUGGCGCCGUACUCCAAGAAUGAGGUGCCACUCACGUCUCUCGUGCCAGCCUCCGCCGGAAUGCCGUCCAUUGCUUCAGGCUCGCCGAUCAACGAGAAGAUCAUCGACGACCAUUUGGCGGUGCAGGCCAUCAUCAGGAGCUACCAGGCUCGCGGUCACUUGGCGGCCGACGUGGACCCGCUCGGCAUCACGACGGCCAACCUGCCCGAGCUGGGCAUGCGCGCGCCCAGCUCCGAGCUCAUCAUGAGGAAAUAUUUCAAUUUCGGUACGCGCCCGGCCCGCGGGAGACAGGACGAGUACAGACGUCUGUCCCGGGGCCACCUCGUGGCGCGUCUCGAUCCGCUGGGCAUCGCCAUCGGGGACCCGAUCUCGAGCGGCGAGUGGCACGGCGGCCUCCGCGCCUUCGCUAGCGAGGCCGUCAUUAGGCAGCACGUGCGAUUCGCGAAACUCGACCCGUUGGAAAUAGCAAAUCAUGAAUUGGCCGGUAAAAAUCCCCGGGAGGUGAUUCACAACAGCUACAGGUUUGAUGAGGCCGACAUGGACAGAGUUUUCAAACUCCCUUCGACGACUUUUAUCGGCGAAAAGGAGAAAGCUUUGCCGUUGAGGGAAAUCCUGAAUCGUCUGGAGCAGGCAUACUGUAACAACAUUGGCAUUGAGUUCAUGUUCAUCAACUCUCUGGAGCAAUGCAACUGGAUCAGGCAGCGCAUGGAACCACCCAACGUCACCAAGAUGAGCCCCGACCAAAAGAGGUUGAUCCUCGCCCGGCUUACGAGAUCCACUGGUUUUGAAAACUUCCUGGCGAAGAAAUGGUCAUCGGAAAAGCGUUUCGGUUUGGAAGGAUGCGAAAUUCUUAUCCCUGCCAUGAAGCAGGUCAUCGAUGUCUCUACAAAACUUGGUGUCGAGUCUAUCAUCAUGGGCAUGCCCCAUAGAGGUCGCCUCAACGUUCUGGCCAAUGUUUGUCGCAAACCUCUACAUCAGCUGUUCACACAGUUCGCAGGACUCGAAGCCGAGGAUGAUGGUUCCGGUGACGUGAAAUAUCACUUGGGAACAUACAUCGAGCGCCUCAACCGCGUCACAAACAAGAACAUCCGUCUCGCCGUUUGCGCCAAUCCCUCCCACUUGGAAGCUGUCGAUCCCGUGGUGCAGGGCAAGACGCGCGCCGAGCAGUUCUACAGGGGGGACAAUGAAGGCAAAAAGGUUAUGUCCAUCCUUCUGCACGGCGAUGCCGCAUUCGCCGGCCAGGGAGUCGUAUUCGAGACCAUGCACUUGUCGGACCUGCCCGCUUACACCACCCACGGAACCGUCCACAUCGUGGUCAACAACCAGAUCGGCUUCACCACCGACCCACGCCACUCCCGCUCGUCCGCUUACUGCACAGACGUGGCCCGUGUGGUGAACGCGCCCAUAUUCCACGUGAACAGCGACAACCCCGAGGCGGUGAUGCACGUGUGCAACGUGGCCGCCGAGUGGCGUGCCACCUUCCACAAGGACGUGGUCAUCGACAUCGUGUCCUACAGGCGCAACGGGCACAACGAGGUCGACGAGCCGAUGUUCACCCAGCCCCUCAUGUACCAGAAGAUCAGGAAGACGAAGCCAGUAUUGGAGAAGUAUGCUGACCAACUGAUUGCCGAAGGUGUUGUUACCGCCGAAGAGGUGAAAGAUGUGAAGGACAAAUACGAAAAAAUCUGUGAAGAUGCUUACAACCAGGCUAAACAGGAGACUCAUAUCAAAUACAAGGAUUGGCUCGAUUCACCUUGGUCUGGUUUCUUCGAGGGAAAGGAUCCAUUGAAGAUGUCGCCAACUGGUGUGGUUGAAGAGACUCUGGUGCAUAUCGGCAAGCGGUUCUCAUCGCCUCCCCCUAACGCCGCCGAGUUUGAGAUCCACAAGGGGCUGCUGCGUAUCCUCAAAGCUCGCAUGGAGAUGGUCGAGAACCGCACCGUCGACUGGGCUUUGGCCGAGGCAAUGGCCUUUGGAUCCCUGCUGAAAGAGGGCAUUCAUGUGCGCCUCUCUGGAGAGGACGUUGAGAGAGGCACAUUCUCGCACAGACAUCAUGUACUCCACCACCAAAAAGUGGACAAAGCUACUUACUGUGCUCUUGCACAUUUGUACCCGGAUCAGGCUCCAUACACUGUGUGUAACAGUUCCUUGUCUGAAUAUGGUGUGCUCGGUUUCGAAGUGGGCUACUCGGUGACGAACCCGAACGCCCUGGUGCUUUGGGAGGCCCAGUUCGGCGACUUCAACAACGUGGCGCAGUGCAUCAUCGACCAGUUCAUCUCCAGCGGCCAGGCCAAGUGGGUGCGCCAGUCGGGCAUCGUGCUGCUGCAGCCGCACGGAAUGGAGGGCAUGGGUCCGGAACAUUCCUCUGCCCGAUUGGAACGCUUCCUGCAAAUGAGCUCCGACGAUCCAGACUAUAUGCCGCCCGAAAGCCCAGACUAUGAGGUGCGCCAGCUCCACGACAGCAACUGGAUCGUGGCCAACUGCUCGACGCCGGCUUCGUACUUCCACAUCCUGCGCCGCCAGAUCGCGCUGCCGUUCCGCAAGCCGCUGAUCCUGAUGACGCCCAAAUCCCUGCUGAGGCAUCCCGAGUGCAAGUCCUCCUUCGACGACAUGAACGAGGGCACCGCAUUUAAGAGGGUGAUCCCUGAGGAAGGUCCAGCGUCUCAAUGCCCACAGAAUGUGCGCAAAGUGGCAUUCUGUUCCGGUCGCGUUUACUACGACAUGUUGAAGGAGAGACGCGAGCGAGGGCUUGAGAAAGACAUCGCUAUUGUCAGAUUGGAGCAGAUCUCGCCGUUCCCGUACGACCUGAUCAAGGCCGAGGUGGCCAAGUACCCGAACGCGCAGCUAGUGUGGAGCCAGGAGGAGCACAAGAACAUGGGCGCCUGGAGCUACGUCGAGCCGCGCUUCCGCACCAUGCUGCAGAACCAGAAGCAGAUCAGGGCAAAGUCCCAAUCAAAAGGGGGUAGUUGGUUAAGCCAACUUCUCGGCUCAUCUCAGCCAGCCCCACAAACUGACAGUACGGAAACUGAAACUGUGCCGAGAGUAAUUAGCUACAACGGCCGCCCGACCGCCGCAUCGCCCGCCACCGGUUCCAAGGCCGCCCACAAUAAAGGAGCUGAAGAAUCUACUAGACGAGUUCUGCGUGCUGUAAACGAUGCCCCCUCCACCUCGAAUUUCACUAUCAAAAUAGCGAUUCCGUCG